AGAAGAAUAAGAAGGAAAUAGAAAUCAAAUCAAUGAUGAACGAUACUUUAGAAUUGGAUUAUGCUGAAAUGCUUCGUUACAUAGGUUUAGUCGUAUCAGACGAUUGCUUAAGUUCGGAAAUGAUAGACGGCGUACCGAUACGAAAAUUGUUCAUCAGUAAUUUGGCUGAAAGGACAACUUUCAAGGAUUUACGUGAUUACUUUUCUAUGUAUGGAAAUGUUGAGAGUUGCUAUUUACGUAGAAAUCAUGGAAAAAGCAACUAUGCGUUCGUCACGUUUACCAAAGUGGCAGAUGCAAUAACAGCGAUGCGAGAUGGGAGUAGGAAACGAAUACGAUUGCAUAACAGAGAUUUAAGAGUGAUGGCUGCAGAUUCUUGGCAUCAACCUGACAGUAUGGAACAGAGAUUGUAUAAUGUAAAAGAGUUGAACAAAAUUUCUGAAAGAAAGGAACAAUACGUUACAAAUCACAAGUAUCUGCAAAAUGAUACCGAAAAUGUAUCCAUCCAUAUGCUGAAUGACGAUUGUUUAAGACAUAUCUUCCUAUUUUUGCCAAUAGUAGACAGAGUUCGUAUAGAAAUAGUUUGCAAACGCUGGAGAGAUUUAAGCCAAGAUUCAUGGCAUAUGAUAAAAACAUUGGAUCUCUCACCUUCUACAUGGGGUUUCUCACACACCCAUAUGAUUCAUACAGCUUUACUUCGUAAAAUAUUGCUGAAAUGUGGCAGAUUCUUAACGCGAAUAGACCUAGAUGAGCCACUUCAUUAUUUAAGUCAAAGCACAUUGACUAUUAUUGGAAAAUUUUGUCCUAAUCUUACAUGUAUCAAUAUUACUGCAUUAACAGUUUGCGCAUCAGGUAUACGUACAUUAGCAAAUAACUGUAGAAACAUAAUCAAGUUUUGUUUAGGACCAUCCACCUACAGUUGUGAUAAUGAAUUAAAGUAUCUCUUUAAGCUAAACCAAAAUUUGGAGUGUCUUGUGAUAACCAGAAAUAAUAUUUUGGGUAAAUCCUUAUUAUGCUUGCCAGAGCAAAUUAUGCAUACAAUUAUAUUAGACCGCUGCGACUAUCUUCAGGACAAUCAUCUUUCAAUGGCUCUGAGGAAACUUGAAAAUUUGACACAUCUUGCAAUAAACGAAUGUGUCGGCAUAGCUAAACAUACGUUGGAAAUUAUCGGUCAACAUUGUAAAAAUCUUAGAAUAUUGGAGCUUAAUGGAAACUUUCCCUCUGCACAAACAGCGGACAUGUUAUAUUUAGUCCACCUUGUCAAUCUGCACGAUUUAAAAAUCACGUAUAAUCCUAAAGUAUCGGAUGAUUUCCUUACUGAUUUAGUACAACAUUGUCAGCAGCUUACCAACGUAGACAUUACAGGUUGCUGUAAUGUGAGUGAUGCUGGAUUAGCGGCUAUUGCUACGUUAGUAAGGCUAGAAAAAUUGAUCGUCAGUUAUAUACAUCAAGUUACUGACGAAGGUUUAAAAAACAUGUGUGGCUUGAAAGAAUUGGAGUGCCGAAGAUGUCCAUUUAGUGAUCGGGGCAUAACAAUGCUCAUAAAGUCCUCGCCCCAAUUAAAAUUGUUAGAUCUCUCCGGAUGCAGAUAUAUCAAGGACUCCACCCUCGAGGUUGCUAAAGAUGCUUGUAGCAGUCGAACUAAUAAUGUGAUGUUGAAGAUGAUAAUUGGGGGAACAGCAAUUUUCGAUCUCUUUGGUUUAGAGAGAUUACCUCCACUAUUGCAUAUAGUUAAUGUUGAUUUGUCUGAUCUUAGUAGUGUGUCUACUAUGUAUCUCGUGGACGAUCUGGAAUCUUGGCACGAUGAAGAUUCAGAUUAUACGGAAUAUUCCGAUUAUACAGAAUAUUCCGACUAGAGAGAAUUAGGUCAUUAGUGGUAUACUGAUUCGGAUUCUUAAGAAUAUUUGUAUCACAAUUUUCCAUGAUUCUAACCGAUUUUUUCUACAAUGGAUUUCUAGCUGGAUUAGAAUCUUACCAUUGUAUUGGCUGCGAUGCUGACAAUGCAUUGCAGCAUCACAGUCAAUAUGGUGUCAAGAAUGUAAUUCAGCAGGGAAAAAAGCAUCGUGUCCCGCCGGCUUCAGCAUUUAUCGUCAUUGAGGUUUUUAAUGCCUAUUUUAUAAUUGCGUAAGCAUAUAGUUAUAAGUGGUUGUAAUUGUAAAAAUUGACCAAUCACAGUCACAUAUUCUUUUCAUAUUUGACUGUGAUUAAUCAAUUCUUACAACUACAACCACGCUUACAAUUAUGCUUACGGCUAUUGUACAACAGGCAUAAUGUUUGUUUCACAAUAGUCGUAAGUGUAGUUGUAAGAAUUGACCAACCACAGUCGAAUAUUCUCAUAUUUGACUUGAUUGAUCAAUUCUUACUACAACCAUUUACAACUACACUUACGACUAUUGUAGAAUAGACAUAAGAUUUUGCAUAUCUUGUUACUAAUAAUGAUUGACUUUACAUAUACUUAUUCCUAUGAAUAUAUAACGCUACAA